AUGGGGCCGGCGGGCACGGCUGCUGUCCGCGAUGGCGGCGCCGCGCUGCCGCACGGCUUCUGGGCAGCGGUGCGCGUCUGGCUGGAGAAGCCGCAGGUGCUCAACAAGCGGCUGUGCGGCGCCGCUGUCGAAGCGGAGGGGACGGUGCUGCUCGGGGAGGACGGGGAAGCUGCUUCCUCUCUGGCCGCCGUCCCGGGAGGAGGGAGCGGUGAGGAGCGAGCGGUGUCUACCGAGCUGGACGGGCUCUGGAGGGAGGUGCAGAGCCAGCUGCCGGCGAGGGACGGGCGCCUGCCGCCCCCGCUCACACCCUGGAGUGGGCCGGGCCACGGCUCCGAGCUCCGCGCCGUGCUGAGGACGCUGCUGCCCCGGGGGCGGCCUGCCGGGUCCCCAGCCGCAAGGGAGCUGUCAGUGCAAGAUGUUUCUAAUGGAACUGUGACCUUUCUGCCUUUGGAAGAAAACAACGAAGGAAAGCACCUAAUUAAAAAGUGCAACAUGUAUCAAAUUCAACUUAAACACAUAAAAGAUGAGGAAUGGUCUAUCUCUAUUGUAGCUCCAUUUCCAGAAGACUGGUUUGCAGAUGGAAUUGCAUACCCCCAACUAGCAUGGCUUGGAAAUAAGCUUUUGCCCAAACUGGUUAAAUGGUCUGUGGAGCAGAAGAGCAAUGAGUUUAAAAGUACACUCUCCCUCAUUUCUGUAGCAAAGUACAGCCAAGUUUACCAAGAACUUAAAGAAAAAUACAGAGAUAUGGUGAAGGUGUGGCCUGAAGUGACAGACCCUGAGAAAUUUGUUUAUGAAGAUGUCGCCAUUGCCACCUACUUGCUGGUUCUUUGGGAAGGUGAGAGAAAAGAAAAAGGCUUGACCAAGAAACAGUCAUUUGUAGAUCUUGGAUGUGGAAAUGGUCUCCUAGUGCAUAUUCUAAACAAUGAAGGGCAUCCAGGCAGAGGAAUUGAUGUGAGGAGGAGAAAAAUAUGGGACAUGUAUGGAGCAGGAACUCAUUUAGAGGAGUCCACAAUCGUGCCAGGGGACACUCAUCUCUUCCCAGAGACAGACUGGCUGAUAGGGAACCAUUCCGAUGAGUUAACGCCGUGGAUUCCUGUCAUUGCAGCCAGGUCUUCCUAUUCAUGUUGCUACUUCGUGCUGCCCUGUUGCUUCUUUGAUUUCCAUGGCAAGUACAGCCGAAGGCAGAGCAGGAAAACUCAGUACCGAGAGUAUCUUGACUUUGUUGCUCAGGUGGGAGCUGUGUGUGGCUUUCAAGUGGAAGAAGAUUGCCUUAGAAUUCCAUCAACUAAAAGGGUGAGCUUUGUUGGAAAAACCAGGACCUAUCCUCCUCCAGAACACGCUCUGGUUGACAAGCAGAUAACACAGUACAUCAAUACACGUCAGCCCCAUGACAGAAGAGUUGGAGUUAAUUACAGUGAUCACUCUGAUGGUCUGUGCAAAGAAGCAGCUUCAGAACUUCCUGAAACCCAGGCUGAGUCUGCUGGCACAGUUUGGAUGCCUGGAUUUCAACCUCGAGGGAAAGUAGAACGAGUCAGAAACUGUGCUUCCCUCCCUCGGGAUUUUGUUGAUGGUGUGGUUCUCAGCGUGGCAAACUUGCUGCUGAAUGCAGCCCCUCAGAACUCCUCUUCUGGUGUGCAUGGUGGCAGCACAGGCAGCUGGAAUCAAGGAGAAAGCCUUUCCUUGAAAGAAGUAGCAGAACACUUGACUAAGGAGACUUUGAAAAGGCUAAAGAAUGAAUAUGGAGGCCUGCAAACACUACUCAAGAACAAUCAUCAAGUAUUUGAAGUUCUAAAUGGGAGAGUUCACAUUCGUGACUGGAGGAAGGAGAAGCCAGCCGGGAGAGCUCAGCCUGAAGUGAAACGUCGCCUCUCAGCUGGAGCACUGAAAACACGUCUCUGCUGGUUUUUCAUUCACCAUCCUGAUGGUUGUUCUUUGCCUUCUGAAUCUUGCCCCUAUGCUCAUGGGUCUGAGGAGCUAAGGCAGUCUCAAACUAUUAAAAAGAUAAAACACUUGCAGUGGUAAAA